CAUUACGUACACGGGUGUGGAACGUCACAAGUGCGCUACAGAGCGCCAGCAUCUCAUCGGAUACAGAUAAUACAGUCGUUUUCUUCUGAAGUUUAAACAUUUUACAGUGGUUUGCUUGCCUUGCAGCUUGUACCAGUUACUUGGCUAAUCUGAGAAGCUAACGUUAGCAAGUUAAAUAGUGCGAAUAACCUGCUUCUACAGGCCGGUGGGUAAAAUACAUCGUCACAAUGGCCUUCAUGGAAGCAGAAAACGACAACACAGGAGGAGGAGAAGAAGAAGAAGAGGCAGAUGCUAUUGUUAAAACGUGUGUUUUGGGUGGCUUCAGUGAGAGCGGUGAGACCAAAACACUGAUUAGUAGCUUGCCUGAGGUGCACGGAGACCAGCGAGCGAGGGAAGGGGCAAUGGAGAAGUUCCGAGUAAUAAUGGACAGAUACCAGGAGCAGCCUCAUCUGCUGGAUCCACAUCUAGAAUGGAUGACAAAGAUGCUGCUGGACUUCACAAGGAGUGAAAAUUCCCCCGCGUCAUUGGUGCACCUGAGCUUCAAGUUCCUCUAUGUCAUCUGUAAGGUGAGAAGCUAUAAAGUUUUCAUGCAGCUUCUUCCUCAUGAGGUGGCUGACGUCCAUCCGGUUUUGGAGCUGAUAUCGAGACAGGAUCCCGAAGACUUGGAGACUUGGGAAACGCGCUACAUAUUGCUGCUGUGGCUGUCCAUGGGCUGCCUGAUCCCGUUUGACCUUUAUCGCCUGGAUGGUCACCUGGAAUCAGAAGGCGUCAGGAUUAGAGAGCCCAUCAUGGAGCGUAUUUUAACCGUUGCAAAGACUUAUCUACUUGUUGGUGACUCUCCUAGAAAUGCUGCCUCAGUUCUUGUUUCAAAGUUCAUGACACGCCCCGACGUGAAACAGAAAUGUCUCGGGGACUUUCUGGACUGGAGUCUCGCCGCCGUGUCUCGGACCAACGCCCAGUCGAUGAGGGAAAUCAUGGAGCUGGACGGUGUCCUGCAGUCUCUGGCAAAGCUUUUUAAACACGGGAAACGGGACGACCUUUUACAGUAUGCUCCUGUCGUUCUGCGUUGUCUGGAGCAGAAGCGCCUGUCGGAGAGCAGCGAGGCCAAGCUGCGAAAGAUCAACGUCAAGCUGAUCCAGCGCCUCGGCCUCACUUUCCUCAAGCCCCGUUUAGCUGCUUGGAGGUACCAGAGAGGGAGUCGCUCCCUUACUGCUAACCUCACUGCGACUCACGCCGCCGGAGCCGCCGGGGCUGCAGCUGCUGCUGAGAAAGAGAUGCAAGAAGAGGAUGAAGACUACGACAUUCCUGAGGAGGUGGAAACUGUAAUUGAGGAUCUACUCAUUGGUUUGAAAGAUAAGGAGACAGUUGUGCGCUGGUCGGCGGCUAAGGGCAUUGGGAGGGUGACUGGGAGGCUUCCUAAGGAGUUGGCAGAUGAUGUGGUCGGAUCAGUUUUGGACUGCUUCAGCUUUCAGGAAACCGAUAAUGCCUGGCAUGGAGGCUGCCUCGCACUGGCCGAGCUAGGAAGGAGAGGUCUGCUGCUUCCCUCAAGGUUGACUGAUGUGGUGCCACUUAUAAUCAAGUCGCUGACCUACGAUGAGAAGAGGGGAGCGUGCAGUGUCGGCUCCAACGUGCGCGACGCCGCCUGCUACGUCUGCUGGUCUUUUUCCAGAGCUUAUGAACCUAAGGAACUUCAGCCGUUCGUCACUCAGAUUGCCAGUGCCAUGCUGAUCACCGCUGUUUUUGAUCGAAACGUCAACUGCCGCAGAGCUGCCUCCGCUGCUUUCCAGGAGAAUGUCGGCAGACAGGGCACCUUCCCUCAUGGUAUUGACAUCUUGACAGCAGCAGACUACUUUUCUGUGGGAAAGAUCAGCAACUGCUAUCUGAAUAUUAGUGUUUAUAUAGCCAGUUUCCCAGAGUACACUAAAUCCAUGAUCGACCAUUUGAUUUCCCGGAAAAUCAACCACUGGGACAGCGCGAUCCGAGAGCUUGCCACUAAAGCGCUCCACAACCUGACGCCUCAAGCACCUGAUUAUAUGGCAACAACAGUUUUGCCGCAGCUGCUGACCACAGCGGUGGGCGUCGAUCUGCACGGCCGCCACGGAGCCAUCCUGGCCUGCGGGGAAAUAACGCACGCGCUGUACAAAGUGGCUCUCCAGACCAACAGGACUGUGGUGGAUAUAAUUUCUCCAGAGUGUGUGGACGCACUAAAGAACAUUCACAAUGUGCUCCAUGAAAGGAAACAAUACAGGGGCUUUGGUGGAGGGCUAAUGAGACCAGCAAUUUGCAGUCUGAUAGAAAAGUUGUCCCUGUCUAAAAUGCCUUUUAAGAGUGACCCCAUAAUCUCUGGGUGGCAGUGGAUCAUCGACGACACCAUUAAGAAUCUUCAUCUCUUUUCAAGUGGACGAAAGGGGGGCAUCAUUGAUGAUGUGGUAACAGCCUUAUCCGCCUUGUGUGAGGAGUAUUACCAGGACGAAACAAACCAGGCUGACGCAGAAAUACAAGAUGCGCUCAUAUCCCAGUACCUUGAAGGACUGAAUAGUUCGCUGCUGCUCACUCGGUGCGGAUCGGCCCGCGCCCUCGGCUGUCUGCCGCGAUUCAUGAUCCACAACAAACUGAAGCAGGUCUUUGAAGGCCUUCAGCACAUGUGUGCCGUCAGCCAGAAGGAGGGGAAGUUCACUGAGGCGAGAAGAGACGCGGUCGCAUCGGUCGCCCAAGUCUUUUUGAAGGCCGGUGUUCGUCCCGACGGCGGCCCCGACUCUGUCCUCUGCUCGGAGAACAUAGCUGAGGUGAUGGGCUUUCUGCUCAGCAGCCUCAACGACUACACGUCAGACAGCAGGGGGGACGUAGGGGCCUGGGUAAGAAAGGCAGCAAUGACGAGCCUAAAGGACCUCACCUUGAUGGUGGCCAGCAGCGCUCCAGAGAUCCUUUCUUCAAACCUGGUGAAGUCUACCAUGUGCUGCCUGGCUCAACAGGCGGCGGAGAAGAUCGACCACUACAGAGCCCAUGCUGGCAACAUCUUCCUGCUCCUCCUUCACAGCACUCAGCCUGUAGUGCCCCACAUACCCCACAAGGAGGAGCUGUUGAACAUCUUUCCUGUUGAGACCAUAACCAGUUUAAACUGGAACGCCCCAUCCCAGGCUUUCAAGUACAUCGCACAGCUGCUUGGAUUGCCUGAGUAUCAGUACCACACCCUGCUGGGGCUGUCUGUGUCAGUGGGAGGGAUCACCGAGUCCACGGUGCAUCACUCCUCCCAGUCGCUGUUCGUCUUCCUGAAAGGGAUUCAGAACGACCGCGAUGCUCUGACACAGUUUGCACAGACGUUGCUGAGGAUCUUUAGGGAUAAUCGUCACAAUGACAGAGUAUCUGUUUCCUUACUUAAGAUGCUCAGUCAGAUGCUUGCUAACAACAUUUUUGAAAUAUUCACCAAAGAAGAAGAUCACUGGGUCUGCUUGGAGCUUUUGGAUCUUUGCAAAGAGUUCAGGAGGUCCAAGGACGUCAACAAGCUAUGUGCCUGUAUAGAUGUAUUCUGUGGGCUGAUCCAGUUCCAGGGAGACGUGAGGAAGAAGGUUUUGUCCCAGCUGCUGUUGAUGCUCUGCCACUCGUUCCCUGUGAUAAGAAAGGCCACGUCCAGCAAGAUGUAUGAGAUGCUUCUGACCUAUGACGACGUUACUGAUCCAGAUGUGCUGGACGAUGUCAUGACGCUACUAAGUGACACCGAGUGGGACAAAAACAUCACCGAAGUGCGGCCACACAGGAAUCAGCUUUGCGAUUGGUUAGGGGUCCCCAGGAAGCAGCCAGCGGGCCCUCCCCAGGUGUCAUGAUUCCCGGUGGCCGUCGCAUCCAGCAGGAGCUCUCUGAUAGCAUCUUAGGAGGGAAAAAAAAAAAGAAAAAAGUGACUGUUCUCCGCUGAAUCUGUGUCAGGAAGUCCGACCGUCUGCCAGAAAAGUGCAAGACAAACACCGCAGCCCCGUCUAAGUAAUUCACCGUAAACACAAAGUAAAAAGAAGAAAAGCGAUCCGUCGCAGUGGUCCGGCCUCCGCGGCUGCAGACGCUGACCAAUAGCAACCGUUUUCAUUGUUUUAGCAGCUGUUAAACAAUAAACCACCUCUAACGUA